GCAUAUAUGCUGAAGUCCUUUGAAAUGAAUGGUCUGCCCAAGGCAGUGCCUUUAAGUUUGCCUUGCCAAGACUUCAGAAAAGAUGUGUCAGACUACUGGGAAAAGCCCAAGGUAUCCCAGCGGAUAAAGAAAGUGGAUUUCUCAAAUGUUGUCUUGACUGCUCCUUGCAAACCUCUGGAACCUUAUUUGGAAAUGAAUGGAAAAGAGGAGGAAGAAGAAGACGAGGAAGAAGAUGAGGAGGAGGAAGAUGAGGAGGAGGAGGAUGUGGAGGAGGAAGGCGAUGAGAUUGACAUGCACAGUGGUUCCAGCAGUGACCUGAGUCAAAAAAGCACAGAGCGCAGCCAGGAGUGCGCACCAUCCACUCUCCUGGCUGAUGACCAGAAGGGAUCCAAGGGUCGAGCGUCUACUGCUGAUGGGGACCUGGAGCUGGAGGAAGGCUCAAAAACACUAGUGCUCUUUUCACCAGGUGAUCUGAAAAAGUCUCCAAUGACCACAGACUUGGCUCCAGAAGUUGAUCUGGGCACUCUUGCUGCACUGACACCUCAGAGCGAGCGGCCACAGCCCAUGGGUAGCCAACUGGAUGUAUCUGAGCCAGGGACCCUGUCCUCAGUCCUUAAAUCUGAACCAAAGCCUCCCAUGGCAGUGGCUACAGCUUCCUCCCCCUUUACCAAAGUUGAGCGCACAUUUGUUCAUAUUGCUGAAAAGACCCACUUAAAUGUCAUGUCUUCCAGCGGCCAGCUGAUGAGGCAUGAGGAAUACUGCCCUCCGGGCCACUUCGAGGAGGUCAUUAUCGAAGAAGAGCUGGAGGACAACCUGGCCUUGGUAGAGAAUGGAAGCAUACAUUCGGGGCUAGAAGGGGCAGAGACAGAGAGCUGCGUGCUUUCGGCUAAUCACAUCGAAACCACCUCAGAGACAGUAGGGGAGCAGCUGCCCCUUCCCAAUGGCGUAGCAAAGCCCCCCGAGGACAAGCCAGAGCAGUCCGAGAAAGUGGCACUCUCACUGGACUUGGAAGAGCCUGGCAAGAUGGUUACAAGGGAGCCUGAGCUUGAAAAGUCAGCAGCAGCAGCAGAACGCCUCAAACGAGCAGAGACCCUCCUCGACACACUGCAGCAGGGCCCCAGGAGACCUCUGGGCUCCCGGUAUAGAAGUAGGAUACCCAUUUUGUUCUCCGAGGAGGACACUGGCUCAGACCUUUCUACUUCACUCUCGGCCAAAGAAAGGCUUUACAAGAGGGCAAAGCACCCUGACUUGGCUCGCCUGGUGAUGGAGAAGAGGCAAAACCGUCUCCUUCGGCUGGCUUCAGGGGCCUCCUCUUCAGCAUCCUCCAGCGAAGAGAGGCGGCGGGCCUCAGAAACUCUGUCGGCCACUGGUUCUGAGGAGGACACCCACGACUCCGAUGACUCCAUCCCAAGGAAGGCAGGGAGGGAGAAGGCUGCCCUCCUGGGGAAAGAAGAGAGACCCGUAAGCACAAAGAGCAGAAUUCCUCGGCCCAUUACGCCGGUGAAAACACUGCUAGAGACAGCAAAGUCUGAGAGCUCCAUGGCCGUGGCGAUGGCAGUGCUAGGUAGCUCCCCCCAGGAUGUGGCUGUUGCCUACAG